UUCAAGUCUUUUGCAGAAUAUAUAAUAAGAAUGAAGGGAGUUCUAGCCCUGCUACUGCUGUCUCUGUGCUGCUGCCUGUCUGGGGGAGUGGGUGAUCAUGGGGACAGUGAGGGGUACCAGAGGACUGGGGCUAGUCUAGCCGGCUGUCUGCCCGACACCUGCACCCUGUUCAGGGAACUGGCAGCCAUGAAAGAGAGACUAGGAACCAUGGACCAGACACAGGCUGCCCUGAAGGAAAGUUUAGGGGCCAUGGGACAGAAACUAGGAGCUGUGGAGACCAAGCUACAGGCCAGUGAGAGUCAGGUGGAGGAGCUGAAGAAAGUGAAUACAGCUCAAGAGGAAGAACUGAAAGCCUUGAAGAAGAGCUUAUCAGCUGCCCAGCCAAAGGUGGCCUUCUCUGUAGCUCUCAGAGACUCUGGCGGUGGGAUCAUUGGACCCUUCAGCACCAAUACCCCUUUACAGUACAAAAUAGUCUUCUCCAACACCGGCAGCAGCUACAAUCCUGCUACAGGCAUCUUCACAGCCAUGGUCAGAGGGAUGUACUGCUUCCGCUACUCCAUGUACAGCAACAACUCUGGCCGUCCCAACUCUGUCGUGUCUCUGAUGAAGAACAGUGAGAAGCUGGUUACUACAUGGAACACUGAUGACAGUAUGAAUGUCCACGAAAGCGCUAGCAACGCAGCAGUACUGCAGUUGGAGGUGGGAGACAGUGUUUACAUCCAGCUCUGGGCUAACAGGGUUGUCUAUGAUGACAUAAAUAACUAUAACACCUUUACUGGGUUCCUACUGUUCACAGUGUAACAAGACCAGUUGAUUUAACUGAGCUUUUGUAAAGAUUAGAAUUGAUUGACAAUAUAU